GGGAGGGGCCGCUCCGGCCGCAGCGCGAGGGCACGAGGGGCGGCGGGGAGCCGGCACCGGGCGCGGCCGGCGCAGCGACCAUGAUCGCUUUGUUCAACAAGCUGCUGGACUGGUUCAAGGCCCUCUUCUGGAAGGAGGAGAUGGAGCUCACGCUGGUCGGGCUGCAGUACUCGGGCAAGACCACCUUCGUCAACGUGAUCGCGUCGGGACAGUUCAAUGAGGACAUGAUCCCCACCGUGGGCUUCAACAUGCGCAAGAUCACCAAAGGGAACGUGACCAUCAAGCUCUGGGACAUCGGGGGACAGCCCCGCUUCCGCAGCAUGUGGGAGCGCUACUGCCGAGGAGUGAGCGCCAUCGUGUACAUGGUGGAUGCCGCUGACCAAGAGAAGAUUGAGGCCUCCAAGAAUGAACUCCACAACCUACUGGACAAGCCCCAGCUGCAGGGCAUCCCGGUCCUAGUCCUGGGCAACAAGCGAGACCUCCCGGGAGCCUUGGAUGAGAAGGAGCUGAUCGAGAAAAUGAAUCUGUCUGCCAUCCAGGACCGAGAGAUCUGCUGCUACUCCAUCUCUUGCAAAGAAAAGGACAACAUCGACAUCACCCUACAGUGGCUUAUCCAGCACUCAAAGUCACGGAGAAGCUGAGACUGCGGCCCCGCCCCCUCGGACCAGGGACCGCCCUCCGGAUCUGAAGCCGAGCUCCCGCCCCUCCCCCCGCCGCCCCCCCAAGCCCACCCCUCCUUACUUGGUGUGGGGAGGGGCCCUCUGGGGGUCCCAGAGUCCUGUUCUGCUGAGGUUUGAACUCCCGAUUUUAUUGUAAAAUAAAUCGCUCCCCUCCGGUCCCCUAA